AAAGCACCUUUUUGUGUCAUUUUAAAUAAAUGCACUAUAUAUAAAAAAUGUGCGAUGUGUCCUUUCAUCAUGUAAACAAUGGAAUUGGUUUUCAAUCUUAACUGUACGGUUGCUUGUAUUUGAAGGUGGUGAAAUGUCAUACCUCUGGUAAUAGAGGGACAGACGUUUGCAGCUACAUGUGACUGGACAUACUGCUCUAUUUAUAGAGUGCGAGGCCCCGGUGAGACGUAUGCAAGGACAGACAGACGUCACAGCCGAAAUGUCCCAUAAGGGAGAAAACCCCUUCAAACUGGACACUUUGUCAUUCAAAACUAAAGAUUGAGGAGCAUGCGAUGUGUCAAAAUGGACGAUUUAGAUCACAGCAUGCACAUCGCAGAGUGCGACUGGACGGUCUUCUACGAGGAGAGUGAGGAGUGCAGUCUGCCUCAAGCAUCUCUCGCCUGCCACGAAAGCUCAAAUCUCAGUGAUUCAGAGGAUUCAGUCUUCAGCGCCGGCCGAAAGGGGCCCCAGCAGAACUCUGCUGCAAACAGGGAUGAAGUUGGAAGCAGCGCUGCAGGAUGCUGCAUAGAGGAAAAGAACUACUCAGGUUGUGUAAAGUACAUGUCAAGGCACGUUCAGAGCGGUACAGCAGCAGCAGGAGGAGAUGAUCUCACACCAAAAGCCGAGAUGUAUCUUGAUCCGUCUGUAGGAGCCGCCAUCGACGCGGCGGAGCACGUGGCCAAAGACCCAGAUGACAACAUCACAACCACCGUGCAAAGUGAGCAAGGGAAUGUUCAGCAUUCGGAUGAAGAACCAUCGGAGCCGAAAGGAGGAGAUGGAGACGUGCAAAUGGAGAGCGACGUUUGUGUAGUCAAGAAACGUGACCCACUUUCCGGCAACCGAGCAGCGAUGAAUGUGAAGGAAGCGCACGCGUCAGACAGAGCCGUGGGUGAGGAUGGGAUUGGCGACGCUUUAAGGGGAGAAAAAGAGCGCUGGUUCGUGACCGUGAAUGUCAGUUCUGCACCACAGCGGCUGCGUGCAGUAAAAAAAAAACGAAGACAAAAAAGAAGUCUUAAGGACAACAACAUGCGCAGGCCGGGACAGGACAGAUCACUUGAACACGGGUUAAAGUUACAGGUAAUGAAAGAAAAUAAUGAGUUUGAGGCAGGGGCCGACCCACAGGGUGUCACAACAGAAAACCAAACACAGGUGAAAAAAUCUGGAGGGUGUCCAAUCGCUGAAGAUGAUCCACACAGCACCCACAGGGGAAUCCUUUCAGACGCAUCACAAACGCCUUUGACCUCUGGUGAAGAAGACAGUUUGUCCAAAGAACUGGUGCCACCUCCUUUCCCCGAACGCAGCCUCAGUGAGCCGAUGACCAACGCGGAUGACGUGGAGUCUGACGAGUUCGAGGACGUUGUUGACUUCUCCUCCACGCACAGUUCUGACUCUGAAAGCUAUCUGUCCGCUGCUGAAUCACUAGAGGAACUUGUUACGGAUCAACGGCAUUUGCGCGGCUCCUUAUCUCUGACGGAAAACAAAAAUCUGUCCAAUCUCACCGAGAAUAGCGACGCAGACACCGCGCGGGCCGGCCAAGUGCAUUCCUGUGAUAGCAGUUUAACAGGUACCAACCCCGAAGGUCACCAAAGGGCCGAUCCCUCCCCGACAUUCCCGUCCGCAGGCCAAAGUGUUGACAAAGUGCCAGGUGAACACGGCGCACCCGGCGUGCUGCCCGCGGAUGCACGUGCACCCCCAAAACAGGCAACGAGUCAUUCGCCAUCCGGUUGCUCUUCGGGAGAUUGUCUUUUCUCUGUUCCCGGUGUAACGGUCACGCCUUGCUCUGCGGCCGACAGCCCUGAGACGCAGGCCGAGGCCGCGGGCCACAAUCCCGGGCACGUCUACGCCAUUUCUGCCUUUUGGGAUGAAAUGGAAAAGUUGACGAUAAAUGACAUUUUGCAGCUCCGGAUGGGUAGCAGAGGGAGCCCUCAAAUGGAGCGUCUCAGCCCUCUGGACGACGCUGGGGAGCACAAUCUGUGUGACGGCGGUCUGACGGACGCGUCCGACACCGCCGACUCAGACUAUUUCACGCAGCCCGACGAACCCAAGGCCGACCGCUCAAGCUGGGACUUUUCUACCUCCGAUGCCGAGGAGGAAUACUCGAGCGGGAACCCCAGUCCUGACCACAAAAGCCCAAAACAACAAAGCACUGGUGACACUCCGAUCCUCGCGUGUGAGGAAGAGGAGUCCACAAGCUCUGAGGGAAAAGAGACAAUUGUGCCUUCAGAAGACAAUGCAAGGAAGUGUCCAGAGGAUCACGACUCAAAUGCCUUCAUCUCAAGCCAGCUCUCACGCCAAAUAAGACAAAUAUCAAAAAGCAGAAGCAUGCAAAACGUACAAGCUCUCAACACGGAGGAUUUAUCUUUGCAGCUGCUUCUCGGUAAUGACGAGAGCAGUCGGUUUUCUGGGGAAAAGGGUUUUUUAAAAGCAAGCAACAGCUUAUUAGCACCGAUACCUGCGCCUUUUAUGGGUGAACAUUAUGAAAUCGUCUCCCCUGAAGUGUUUCAGGACUCUUUCAGAGAGGCUGAGACAGAGAGUGACUUCCGCUGUGUCACCGUGUAUGAGCCAGAGGACGCCUCGCUUCCUCCCGUGAUUGACUUUCCUCUUUGGACAUUCAGGGAUGAAAUGCCGUUCUUUUCCCUCCACGAUUUCCAGCGCGGCGAUGAAAAACCCAUCCCCAUUUUCUCCUCUUCUCAUCCCACCGUGAGAGAACUCGCAUUCCCAAAUGCUCCCUGUGUAUUCGUGAGUGCAGACCGCGAGGAGGACGACCACUUCUCUCCAAUGAGACUCUUGUCUCGCUCUUUCAUCCACGGCAGCGAUUGUGGGGCAGCAGCUCCACACGGAUUUUACAUUUGGAAAAGUUUGAUGGGGAAGACUUGCUUUCCAGACAAAGGUAGCGGCUGGCGCAGGACAUCUGGCUCCUGGGCGUUUCCAGUCGAGGUUGAGAAGAUGGCCAUGAAGAGCGCGGAUCCACCAUUAACGGAGAGAAGAGCCUCUUCAGCUCCUUCUCAGCUGUUUGGAGAACUGGCCGUACAGCAGAGGGUUUGGGAAGCUUUCAGGACGACGAGACGAGAAGGCAUCUUCUCCACACUGAAGCAGUCAGAUAUGUGUUUGGUCUGCAUUGCUUUUGCCUCCUGGGUGUUAAAAUCGUCUGAUCCAGAAGGUGCUGACGCCUGGAAAGCAGCUGUGUUAGCAAAUGUGAGCGCGCUGUCGGCCAUCCAGUACCUGCGGCAGUAUGUGAAGAAGAAGAAUCCCUCUUAAGAUGAUCCCCGACGUGUAUGAGAAAGAGAGAGAGAGAGAGAGAGAGAAGAAUUUUUAGAAUUUUUAGAAUUUCCUAAACGUUUUCACCGGGGUCCAUCCGUAAAAUCUACUGUGUGAAUAUAAUGCAGAAAUGUACUACAGGUAGAGGUUUGCAAACUUAUGUUUUAAGUUAUAAUCUGUCAAGAAUUUUUCAGCAUUACAGGUAUUUUAUUUUUUCUUCAGAGAUUGGGGGGAUAGUCCCUGUGCUCUAGUUGGAAUCACUCAAAAAUAAUUUCUACAUUGGGAAAUACAGAUGUAUGUGUGUAUGUUCGGUUUUAAAAUUUUGACUCCGAUAUUUUCAUGCAAGUAUGAAACGUACACGUCAUAUUUGUUGGCGGAUAAAAAAUAAUUAAAUAUACUCCCUGAGACACACAUCAUUGUAAUAGUCACAAACACUCCAGUGCCAAGUUGAUUAUUUUUAUAUUUCUUAUUUAUUUGAAUCAGUACCAUACUGUUUAUAUGAGACCUUAUAGGAACAAAUUGGCUUUCGGUUCAGAGCCACAGACAAGCUAGUUGAGUUGUGAAUGAUUGAGGAAUGGACAAACAUUUAGAUGGAUUGGUGUCCUUUCAUUGGAUUUGUUGACGUAAGAAAUUAAUUUAAGCAUUAUUGGAACAUUCAAUCCAAUAACUUUGAUUCAUCAGUUCAGGGUAAAGAGAUGUUGAUGUGGACCAUUAUGAAAGUCACUAAUUAAAACUCACUUUAUUAUGUAUUCUUUGGGAAUAUCACAGUUGUAAUGGAGGCUUGAAGGUGCUUUUCAGAAGGUACAGUGUGUUUGUGGGGGGUCUUCAGCAUGAUUAAGGGGACAAAACAGUGAGAAAGUGUUUAGGUUGAAAGAUAUUGGUCUGACGUGUGUGUCUAAUAAAGGCCUCAGUAGGUGGGUAACAUGGGCUGUUAUUUAGCAUCUGUGGUUCCAAACAGGUUUUGCUUUGAGUCUUUUGUCAAUUUGUCAAAGUAAAAUGUAAAGCUACUAUAAUUGCCCAUUAUACAUAUCCGUCAAAAUAAAAUUUACAUAUCCGUUGGUUGUUGCCAUCUCAGAUGCUUUCAUGUAAAUGAUCUGCUGCUGUGGGUGGCACAUUUUCUAAAAAAUGAUCGUCAGAAGACCUCUCUUUUCCAACUAGACUGGGAACAUAUGACUUUACAUGUAUAUGUUUUGGGGAAUUAAGUGAUUUAAUGCAAUAAAGUUAUGAAUACAU